CUGACGUCGAGGAGGAGAAUGGGGAUGGGAGAAGCGAGGGAUUGGGAUCGGGGCGGGGACAGAGCUGGCACUGAUUGAAAGGAGGAGCGCGGUAAGAGGUUGCAACGAAAGCUUAGAAAUAGUCGAGGUGGUGUGAUCACCUCCUGAGUUCAGUCCGGAGGGAGGGAGAAGCCUGGUGACUAGGCCCGAGAGGAGAUGGAAGAUCAAACGGCCGCGGGCGACGGCGGGCGGAGAGCCAGCCUGAUCGAGGAACCACCACCACCACCACCGCCGCCGAUGAUCAGCGUGGACGUCGUCGGGGUCCUGCUGCAGUUCUCCAAGACUUUUGUCAUCGUCUUCCCGGUGUACGUGCUCGGCUACCUGGGUCUGAGCUUCAGCUGGGUCCUCAUCGGGCUGCUCGUCUUCUUCUGGUGGCGGAGGAACCGGGGCAACAAGCGCUCGCGGCUGUUCCAGGCGCUGGCUUUCCUGGAGCACGAAGGCAAACCCCUGCAGGAGAACAUCCAGAGCACCGACCUCCCGGCCUGGGUUCACUUCCCAGAUGUGGAGCGGGUGGAAUGGCUAAAUAAGACGGUAAAGCAGUUGUGGCCUUAUAUCUGCCAAUUUGUGGAGAAAUUGUUGAAAGAAACCAUUGAACCAGCUGUGAGGGGAGCAAACAGUCAUCUUCGUACUUUCAACUUUACAAAGGUUGACAUGGGAAACAAGCCUCUGCGGAUUGAUGGGGUGAAAACAUAUAUGGAAAACAUAGACAGUAGACAAAUUAUUUUGGAUCUUCAAAUCAGCUACGUUGGAAACUGUGAGAUAGACCUAGAGAUUAAGAAGUACUUUUGCAGAGCUGGUGUGAAAGGUAUACAGCUGAAUGGUAUAAUUCGUGUGAUUCUUGAGCCCUUGAUUGGUGACAUGCCACUGGUUGGAGCACUAUCACUCUUCUUUCUCCGCAGGCCUUUGCUUGAAAUUAAUUGGACAGGACUGACCAAUCUUCUGGAUGUCCCUGGUCUGAAUGGCAUGUCAGAUACGAUCAUCCUUGACAUUAUUUCCAACUAUCUGGUUUUGCCCAAUCGGAUCACAGUACCACUGGUUGAUGAGGUGCAUCUGGCUGAACUGCGUUUUCCUGUACCAAAAGGGCUUUUGAGAAUACACUUCAUUGAAGCUCAGGAUCUGCAAUGGAAGGACAAGUUCAUGAAGGGACUUGUGAAAGGAAAAUCCGACCCAUAUGGCAUUCUCUAUAUUGGUAACCAGAUGUUCCAAAGUAAGACUAUCAAAGAAAAUCUCAAUCCAAAAUGGAACGAGGUUUAUGAGGCACUAAUUUAUGAAAAUCCUGGUCAAGAACUUGAGAUUGAACUUUUUGAUGAAGAUCCAGACAAAGAUGAUUUUCUUGGCAGCCUUAUGAUUGACCUUGCUGAAGUUCAAAAGGAACAGCUUGUUGAUCAGUGGUUCGAUUUGGAUGAGGUGAGCGUUGGAAAGCUGCACUUGAAGUUCGAGUGGCUCUCCCUGCUGUCAGAAGCCAACAAACUGCCAGAGGCAAUGGCCAGCACCAAAGCUAUUAAAGGAACAGCCAAUGAUGGACUUUCCUCUGCUUUACUCAUCAUCUAUCUUGACUCUGCUAGGAAUCUCCCAAAUGUCUACGAAGGAAACUUUGGGUCUGGAUACUUACGAGAGAGGAGAGCAGCAGGACUAGUCUUUUGUGAAAAUACUAGCUCAAUCUUUAGAGACUUUUUUCGCAAUCCAUUUGAAUUUAACCUUGACGGCUUGAAGAGGGCUAAUAUUUCCAAAUCACUGAAGUUUGCAAAGAAAAUGAACAGUGAGCCUAACCCAUUUGUCCAGCUGUCAGUGGGACAUACCACAUACGAAAGUAAGAUCCGAUAUCGGACCACUGAGCCUGUCUGGGAAGAAUCGUUUAUUUUCCGUAUUCAUAAUCCAUUGACUGUGGACCUGGAUAUUGAGGCUAAGGAUGACCAUCACCAGUGCUCGCUAGGUUCAUUUAACCUACCUCUUAAAAAAUUGCUGGAGGCUGAAGACCUAACAAUGGACCAACGAUUCCAGUUAAACAAUUCAGGUCCUAGCAGCACUCUCAAGAUGAAGAUCAUGCUUCGAAUCCUUGGUCUUGAAAAACGAGACAAGACUCCAAAUGGUUCAUCAGCUCAGUUAAAGAAGCAACCAUCUCAUAGCAAAGAUAAUCGGAAGCCAGCAUCCAAAGUGCCACUGGUCCCACCCUCAGAGUCAAGCAAGCCCUCCCCCACUGCUCCUGCUGUUGACAGCAUCAAAAAGCCUGAGAAGAUGGACAGGCUGGAGAACUACAGCACUGCUUCCCUCAGCCCACAGAGGCCUGCCAAUCUUCAACAAACUGCGUCAGCUAAUGCUAGCUCCAGCCAAACAGGCUCUCCAUCUCAUCUUUCUGCUAAAGAACCAACUCCAAGUAUUGCCUCCGAUGUAUCUUUACCCUUUGCCACGCAGGAGUUACACCAGAGACUGCGUCAACUCCAAAAUGGGACAACUCUUGGUCAGUCACCAUUGGGUCAGAUUCAGCUAACUCUUCGACACAGUUCCCAAAGAAACAAACUUAUUGUCAUUGUACAUGCUUGCCGUAAUUUAAUAGCUUUUUCUGAAGAUGGCUCCGAUCCAUAUGUUCGAUUGUAUUUAUUGCCUGAUAAAAGAAGAUCGGGAAGGAGAAAAACAUCUGUGCUGAAGAGACAGUUAAAUCCAGUCUAUGAUGAAACAUUUGAGUUCAUUGUAUCGCAAGCAGAGGUACAGAAAAGGACUCUGGAUGUAGCUGUAAAGAACAGUGGUGGCUUUUUAUCCAGGGACAAAGGGCUUUUGGGAAAGCUCCUAAUGGAAAUGACAGAAGAGGUAAUUAAAGGCUCUACGCAGUGGUAUGAUUUAACAGAAGAUGGGACCAGGCACCAACCUCAGGCCUAGAAAAUGCACUAACGCAGUGUUGUUACCUUUGGCCACCCAAGCUUUUAGCAGUUUUUUUAAUACAUAUGUUUCCCAGGAGCACCAGCAUCACACCUAAAGCUUUGCACAUGUGCCACUGGAUGCACCAAGUUUUACAGAUGAUGUCACCCUCUCAGUAUAUAGUUUACUGAGUUUUGCACUGCUUGUGCAUUUUUUUUUAAAUACUUUUAUUCAUCAAGUAAUUUUUAAAAUUCUGUUUUGAUCAAAACAAUUACUGACACGUCACCCAUGGCUGUAAAGUGGAUAAACUGUGGUGUAUGUACUGACUACCGUUUUUCGAAAGAAAAUCUCUUUACUGUACAAGACUGUAAUAUAUGGUGUGAAGCAGAAAGUGGAUUCAGAAUUACUUUAGCCUUGCUUUCUGUAGGUUUGCAAUGUAUAACAUGUAAAUACAGCAAGUGUAAUUAUUAUAUUACUAUGUGUUCUCAGAUAUUUGUGAAGGAUACUGAAGGGAGAAUGUUCCAUUUAUUGAAGUAACAAACUUUGCAUGUCUCACUGAGCAGUUGCCUGAUGCUUUUUACAGUAGCCGCGCAGUGUAUAGUUCUUCAUAAGAAGCAUGUGCUAUGAUGCAAAAUAUAUUGGCUUUAUUGAGUUGUCAUUCAAUUCACAUGUCACAUUGUGUAUUUACCAGAGCAAUUGUGAAGAGCUGCAAGCUACAGAGGCAGAAACUGCACUUCACAAUUGUGAGUCUCGAGUAAUAACUAUGGGGAUUUAAUAGUAACUAUUUAUUUUAGUUUUGAGUUUUAAAUUUUGUUUUGUAGAUUUAAGCGCCAUAAGUUCUUCAUCCCUGUAUUACUCACAGGCUUCUGUCUUUGCAUUUUUGCCUUUCCCUGGGGAAUUCCCAAUGUCUUCACUCAGCACUUAAUGACUGACAGGACAAGCUACUUCACUGAUUCUAGAUCUCUUCUAAACCUAUUCUUCUUUGAAUUAAUGGGAGAUGUGGGGAUUGCGUGCUUUGUUUAUCUUCCCCAUCAGAAUCUCAUUGUGUUGGAAAUCACGGAGGAGAAUCUAAAUUGUAUUUUGACAGGCCUACUGUUGGAUGUUCUUAUGUUCUAUUACUACUACACAUAUGUUCUUCUACAGCAUUGCUCUGGUUUAAGAUUUCAUUGUAUAUAAAAAUGUAUUAAAGAUGUUAAUACUUUGUAGUAUUUCAGAUGUAUUGACAUCUUCUAUCAGUGUAUGAAAGUUUAGUUCAACUCUCUUGAAUCAAAGGUUGGGUUGAAGUAAAAAGUUUAAAAACCUGUUAUUAAGUAAGCUAUUGUUUGAUUUUAGAUGAGAUAUCGUAGGUUUGAGUUACAGAAGCAAAAUAUUUUCAGAUUUUAUUGUGCUGUGUCUCACAGUUAGUAUGUCAAUGCUGGGAUUCUGAGGUACAGUGUCUCUGAAAAGUAUACUGACCUACUAAUCGUGAGACAAUACACAUCAAAUCAUCAAAAAUGAUUGAAUUCACUUACCAUUUUGUUUCACUUAAUCAGAACGUUAAUCAUGUUAUAAAUGCUGCAGUGCCAUUUUAUAUUCCAGCUAACACGUUCUUCACUCAAACAGAACAGUUAGUUUGAUCUUGUGGUAUCUAGAUGAUUAUUGCAUAAGUAAUGUUCCAGGGCAAAAGUGGUAUUAAAUGUUACAAGUAUUGAGUUAUAUUGACAAAAUCUAGGUCAUUGAUAGAAAACCAGAAGGUCAGUUGCUUGUACCUUAAGAGAUGUAAUUCACAUUUGUUUCAUUUUUCUUGGUACAGUGUUCAUUUACAACUACAUGCAGAACUUUUCCCUUUAUUAAGAAAUAAAGAAUUAUUUCUGCAGACAAGUUUUAAUGAUAUUUCCAUGCAUUUAGAUUAUCUGAUUUUAAAAAUUGCAAUCAAGAGUUGACUACUUCAUAAUGUCAACAAAAUAGAAUUAUAUUUUAAAAAUGGUUGCUCAGGCACUGAUGACUAAUCAUUCUAUAAGCGUCCUAGCAUUUCAAUUGGAAUGUAUGAGGAUUCUUAUUCAGAAACUAACAAGAAAAUCAUAAGCAUCAACAAAAUGGAAUUUACAUGUGCAGUAAUCUUUGUUCACAGAUCACUCUGUCCCAUUGAAUACAAAAUAAUAUUAAAGAUUACUUACAAUUGCACGAAGCGCACUCUGUGACUGGUGUUAAUUCUGUAAUAUCCGAGUAUUUGGUUCUCAAGAUAGAAUAAUGCAGCUGAAUCAGUCAAGUCUAUUGCUUCAAGCUACCAUUGUCUGCUCUGUGCAGUCCUUAUUGUGCCUUAAAUAUAUAUGUAUGAAGAUGUUAUAAAAACAAUUUUCUUGUUUGAAGAUCAUUAUACUUCUCAGAUUUUUGGGUUUUUUUUUAGCAGCUAUAUUUAUGAUAUUUACUUUGCAGAAUUGUCAACACUGUAGAAUAAAGUUUUUUUUCUUACAUGUUCAUCAGAAUGAAGGCCUCUUUAUUCUAUCCAAAUGAUACUGUCAGUUUUUUUAUAUAAUUAUUCAUCCCCAAUGUGCUCUCUUUAGUGUUAUUUAGAAGCACCGCAAAUAGAAAAGUUCAGAAAUUUCACCAUCAAAUAAGAAAGAUCUGUUGACUUGGGGUACACAAUGAACUGAUUUUCUGCUAUCUGUUCAUUGACUUGCUUAUGAUUGUAUCUUGUAAAACAUUUUACGAAUGCUGAUGAAUGGGAAAUUCAGAGGCGAAUAAUUAACAGCAAGGGAGCUUAAAAAGCCGCAGUUCAUUUUAUCAUUUUUUUGAAUGUUGUCUUCACUAUAAAUAUUUUCAAUUUUUGUUGACUGGCAAUUCCAGCAUUCUGUAAUUUAAUUGUUUUGUCAACUGUAUAUGUAUAGUAAUUAAAACUAUUAAGAAAUGGAUUUGCUUUAUUCUUUUGCAAUUAAAAAGAACAGUUGAAAUAAAAAUAUUGGUUGUAAACAUAAA